CACACGUCAUUACCAGCUUCGCUCGAAAUUCGCGAGUCCAGCCGACAUGGCCGCGGAAUCUACACUAACGCCGCAUUGCAAGCUGGCACCGUCGUCAUGUCGAUCGUGCCUCAUGUUAGUGUUCUCGCGACCCCUUAUUUGGACCAACACUGUUCCGCGUGCGCCGCGCCAGCCCCCGAGACGGGGUUGAAGCGUUGCCCGAAAUGCAAAGCUGUGUACUACUGCGACAAGGCGUGCCAAAAUAGGGAUUGGGUAUGGCAUAAGCACGAAUGCAGCGCGCUUCAAACAUGGGCAGCCUCUGCACCAUCCCCGGACGUCAUGAUCCCGAGCGACGCGGUGCGCUGCCUCGGGCGAAUCCUGUGGGGCUCCCAAAAAGAAGGGCCCGAUAGCACCUGGGCGAGGGAGAUCCGCAUGAUGCAGUCCAACAGGUCCACCGUUCACGCCUCUUCAGUCGAGGACCACACGUAUCUAGCGCACUCGCUCGUCCGCUAUCUCGGCGUGCGUGCCCCGGCAGAACUGCAGCCGUUCAGCCUUAGCUCAGCGGGCGAUCUCGUCGAUCUCAUCUCCCGCUUCACGACGAAUACAUUCACGCUCACGUCUGCGUCGCUGUCUCCCAUCGGUAUCUGCGUCGCGCCCACGGUGGCGUUCGCGAACCACUCGUGCAGCCCGAAUGCUGUCAUUGUGUUCCCAAGGGCGCAAGGGACGCCCGCGAGCAAGGAGCCGUCGCUCAAUCUCGUCGCACUCAGAGACAUUGCGCCGGGGAAGGAGAUUCGCAUAUCUUAUGUCGACACGACGCUGCCGAAAGAUCUCCGGCAAAAGGAACUCACAGAAGUCUACAACUUCACGUGCCAGUGCAAGCUGUGCACUAAACCGCCAGCUGUGGACCCCCGGGAAUCACUUUGGUGUCCUAAGAAGUGUGGUGGGACAUGCCCACUGCCCACCGAAGAGGACAACCUGUUUCGAUGUGCGAAGUGUGGGGCUGGCAUCACUAAUGUGGAUGCGGUGCUCGAUGCGGCACGCAUAGGGCAGCAAGCACUCGACAAAGCCACGUCAUUGCAAUCUAAAGACCCUGCCAAGGCGACGCAGCUCACUACAAACAUCAUCCCUAUCCUCAUAUCUACCGGCCUGACACCCUCGUCGCACCCCCUACUCGCCAUGACGCGACUACACCAGGAGCUCCUCAUCGCCUCACUGCCCACCUCGCUCUCCCAGGAAACUCUAGACGAAGUCAUCCGCACAGCCGCGAAAUACAGCGCGGGCCUCCAGCCCGUCCUCCCGAACGGCCACCCCAUCCGGGCCAUCGCGCUCGCGGAACUCGGCAAGCUGCUCGCGGUAGACGAGCCUGCACCCCACGAUGGCCCAGCCCAGGCCGCGACGUUCCCGCCAUCCGGGCCCUCGCGGCUGAAACUGGCGUACGAAUCGCUCGUCCGCGCACAUGAGGAGCUGCUUGUCGGGUUCGGGAAGGCGAACGGGGGCGGGCAUGUCGGGCGUGACGUGCGGGACGCGAUCGCAAGGCUCGAAAAGGAGAUUGGGGUGUGGACUGCCGGGGUCAGGAACGCGUUGGAAGAUUCGGCGCUGGCGCAGCGGGCUCAAUGAGAACGGGUGUAUCGGUACGCCCAAGUGGAAUAGGGUACGCUUUCAGAUGUGAUGCUUACCUCGCAGUGCUAUGUCCACUCAUAUUGACCACCUACAAUGAAC